AAUUUAGGGCAUUGUGGGGUGUGAUUUCACUUCCCCACACGUAACCGUACUCUCGAACCCAUAUCUCUUAACCGCAGAUCAUAUCUCGGUUCUGACCCUAAGGCUAGAGCCGAUCAAAGAGUGUGCGAUCCACUCAAGUAAGAUCGAUGGCGACUCCCAAAAAUGCCGACGCGACGACGUACGGACCCCCCCGGAGGGACGGUUGCGACAACGGUCUUUUCCAUGAGCUCAAAGCAGGCCCCGGGAUCGGAUGUCUUCACGGGAAAGUUUUUUAAAGCUUUCUGGGACAUUGUGUGCACUUCGGUGGUUGAAGCAGUAAUUUCCUUCUUUGCCUCGAGCCGGAUGCUGGGGAGUUUUAACCAUACCUGGCUCACUUUGAUCCCUAAGGUGGACUCGGUGGAAACAAUGAGACAACUGCGGCCGAUUAGCCUCUAUCAGUUUUUUUACAAGGUGAUUACUAAAAUCAUGGCUACACGGUUGGCUAGUUUGCUCCCUGAGAUCGUGUCGGAGGGCCAAAAUGGGUUUAUCAAAGACCGACAGAUUAUUGAUAACAUCCUUAUAGGGCAUGAACUAAUGCAUUAUCUGAAAAUAAAAAAGCAAGGGAAGAAGGGGUACAUGGCUCUGAAGGUUGACAUGGAAAAGGCCUAUGAUAGAGUCGAAUGGCCCUGCCUUCUUGCUGUUUUGGACAAGAUGGGCUUUAAUUCAGUCUGGCAAGGAUGGAUUCAUGAAUGUGUUCGAUCCUCUUCUUUCUCGGUUCUGAUGAAUGGUACGCCCUCGGGUUAUUUCACUGCCUCUAGGGGCCUUCGCCAGGGGGAUCCACUCUCUCCUCUUUUGUUUGUGCUCUGCACAGAGGGUUUUGCAGCCCUCCUCCGGAAGGCGAUCAUAGAGAAAAAAUUAGAGGGGGUGAAAGUAGCUCCUCGGGCUCCAAGAGUCUCGCACCUGUUUUUCGCGGAUGAUUCUUACUUAUUCUUGCGAGGUUCUCUACAGGAGUGCGAGAAUUUAAUUGAAGUGCUGAAUGAAUAUGAGGAAUUGAGUGGCCAGCGCAUUAAUUUGGAAAAAUCAGCGUUGUGUUUUAGCAAGAAUAUUUCCAUGCCAGAUCAAGAGUUCUUGGCCACGAUCAAUAGUGGUGGGUGCAGUGGGGGUCCACGAUAAAUAUCUGGGGCUUCCCACGCUGGUUGCUCGAUCCAAGUUGGCUACGUUCAGAUAUUUGGAGGAGAAACUCCUAGAGCGGCUUCAGAGGUGGAAGCAAAGGACAUUAUCGUGGGCUGCGAAGGAAACUUUGAUUAAAUCCAUAGCGAUGGCUCUUCUCCUUCAUGUUAUUUCCUGCUUCCGUCUUCCCCUAGCCCUUUGUCGGCUUCUUGAUAAACAUGUGGUCCGCUUUUGGUGGGGUGCUGAGGAGGGUAGUCCCAAGAUUAGAUGGGUGUCCUGGCGAAACAUGUGCAGGAGUAAGCAUGAUGGGGGGAUGGGAUUUCGCCAGUUUGAGCAUUUUAAUCAAGCUCUUCUGGAAAAGAUAGGCUGGCGUAUUCUUAAUGAACCUCAGUUGCUUAU